AUGAAAGCUGUCGUAUUAUGGCUCUUGAUAGCCAUCCAGAUUGCUGGAGCCCAGAAAGAUUAUCCAGUGAGUUAUUUAUGAACUUCUUUUUGAUAUUUAUCUCAGGAGACAUUUCGAAAAUGGGUUGGAAAGGCAGACGCGGAAAUCUCUGCGGUUGAGCCUUCGAAAGAAUGCACAACGAAUGGAGAGUGUGGCCAGAAUCAGUUCUGCGAUUUUGUCUUUGCCAAUGGACAACAAGAGCUACGUCAACGGUGUUUCAACGGUAAUUAUUCACUCUCUUUUUAAAAUUCAAUUUUAAAAUUUUCAGUACCCACUAUUAUCGGAGAGGUCGAAAUUAAUGCGGAAACCGAGAUAGGCUUGAAAAACGUGCUUAGAUGUUACAGACUGCAGCAUACCUAA